AUGCAUUGUAAGGACCUGGCUGAGCAAGUGGAUUGGUCGAAGCAGGCAGCCGAGGAUGGAGCACUCAAGGAAAAACCAGAAUUUGUGGUCGAUUCAAUUGGCGGGACACUGAUGGACAGCAUGGAGCAGCAGGGACCAGCAGGGACCAGUGUGGACGACGAUGCGUUGGAUGGAGCUGGCGGAGGACGUGAAAUGAAGGGAGCAGGCUGCCAAGGAUGGAGCACCAAAGGAGGAGCCAGGGUUUUGAGAUUUGGAUGA